AUGGAGCCUACACCUGACUGUAGCAAUAGAUGCAAGGAUGAUAGCAAUAUAGAAGAUUUAAAUUCUUUAGAGUGCACUUUGAAGACAAUUAAAAACAGUCCUUGUUACUAUAUUGGCAUACCCUCAAAUUGUUAUAAUUUAGUUAGUUUGAUUCAAGAACGGACAAACAUACCUUUUAACCAUAUCUUACUAUGUCUAAAAAAGAUUAGGUUAAAUAAUUCAUUCCAUGAACUAGCUGAUUACUUUGGCAUUGAUAGAACUGAUGCUAGCAAAAUAUUUUUGAAAAAUGUACCUAUUAUAGCCACUGUAAUGCGUCCUUUCAUUGCAACAUUAAGUAAGGAAAUUAUUGAAAAUCAAUUACCUAUUGCUUUUAGACAUAGAUUCAAUAAGGUGACUUGUAUAAUAGACUGUUUGGAGAUUGAAGUAGAAAUACCCUCAAAGACCCUAAAUAAAGCAUUUUGCUGGUGUGAAAAUAAGAAAGCCCACACUAUUAAAUACCUCAUAUCUUAUACCCCUAAUGGCUUGAUACAUUAUGUUUCAAGUGGUUAUGGUGGCCGAACAACAGAUAUAAGCAUUGUUGAAAGUUCAGAAUUUUCAAAAUGUUUGCAACCCAAUAUGUGGGUAAUGGCAGAUAGAGGGUUUAAGCAUAUAGAUGUUUAUUUACAAAAAAUGGGUGUGCUAUUAGUACGGCCUCCAAAUAUUGAAUUUGGAGCUGAGUUAAGUAAAUCUGUAGCCAAAGAAAAUAAACAAAUAGCAAGCAUAAGAAUUUAUGUUGAGCGGGUGAUAGGACGAUUACGUGAAUUCAACAUGUUAAAACCACAUGCCUGUCUUGAUUCAAGUUUGGUUAAAGUUCUUGAUGAUGUUGUAACUAUAGCUUGUGCUUUGAUUAAUAUACAAGAUUCACUUAUUCAAUAA